UUUAAGUGAACGUGAUCCUCGUGUCGGUCUCUCUAGAAUAACCACUUGGUCCAAACCACUGAGAUCUAACCUUUUUGUUCAUCUCCAAACCUUUUCAACUCCCUAAAGAUGCUCAGGUUAGCUUUGUUUCUAUUUGCAUUAUGCUUUCUCACAACGUCAUCCUUUGCGAGAUCCUUCGUCACCACAAAACCUAGGCCGGUUGAUUCGUUUCUUCCUAAACCAAAGCUAGAGAAUGCGGGCGUGUGUUCUUACACGGUGAUCAUUAAGACAAGCUGUUCCUCGGUGUCUUACACCAGAGAUAAGAUCAGUAUUGCCUUUGGUGAUGUGUACGGCAACGAGGUGUACGUGAAGAGACUAGAUGAUCCACACUCAAGGGCAUUUGAAAGGUGUUCUUCCGACACAUACAAGAUAACAGGACCGUGUAUGCGCGACGUAUGUUAUCUCUAUCUACUCAGACAAGGAUACGACGGCUGGAAACCAGAGAACGUCAAGAUCUAUGGCUCAUACAUCAGAUCAGUCACUUUCUACUAUAACCUCUUCUUGCCUAACUCCGUUUGGUACGGCUUCAACGUCUGCAACGGCAUUGCCAAUGCUAAUGACAAGUCUUCUCAACCCAUCAUUGCUUCCACUGCAUCUAUGUAAUAUGGUUGAUUAUCUGUGGAAUUACUAUUUUUUUUAUAGCGGAAACUGGAGAGAAGCAAUGUGUUUUGAGUGUAUUUGUGAGAAAACAUGCAUGUUAAAUAGCGUUUUAAGUCAAUAAAUGCCCAUGUGGUUACAUUGA